AUGCAUAAAGAAGUUAGAAACCAAUUCUACAAAACAUUAUUGGUACCUGUUGCGACAAUCGGAUGUGGAAAAACGACGCUUUCUUUAGCAUUAGCGAAGUUAUUUUCAUUUGGACAUAUACAAAAUGAUGAUAUUUCCGGGGGGAAAAAAAGUUCAAGGUUUUACAGAAACAUUAAAAGAGAAUUCAAGAAUCGAGAUGUCGUAAUCGCGGACAGAAAUAACCAUAUGAUAGAAUUACGUAAACCUUUGAUAGAAGCAGUGAAAAAAAUCUUUUCAAAUGUCCGCGUUGUAGCUGUUUAUUGGAAUCAUGAAAAUCGAACUCCUAACGAAAUUAUCAAAAUCACAUCUGAACGUGUAAUGGCUCGUGGAGAAAAUCAUCAGAAUCUUACUAUUGAAAAUAGAGGAAAAAUGUGGAAGUUUUUGAACGACUUUGAACGUUUGGAUCCAUAUAAUAACGUGGAUAACCAAUUUGAUCACAUUAUCAAUUUAGAUAUUGCUAAUGAUAUUAAUACCAACCUUAACAUUGUAAUUAAUAAAUUAAAACCCAUCAUUGGAAUUAAAAAUCCUAGUAAAGAAGUAAUUCAAAAAGUUUUAGAAGAGAUAAAACUUUAUAAACCAAAUGUUAGUGUUGGAUCAUCUAUUAGCGAUUCUAGUAUUAGAAAAUUCAAAAAACGAAACGCUCAAUAUUAUGGGAUUGACUUAAGUUAUAAUUUUCAAAAUUUUCUCACAAAUUUUUAUAAAGAACAUCCCAAUGAAGAUUCCGGUACUUUUAAUGUACUGGUUCAAAAUGAUCGUAUUAGUGCUUCGCAUCAUGUUACACUCAUUCAUUCAAUGGAUAUGAGAAGAAAGGAAAGUUUAUGGAAAAAAUAUGAAAAAUUGUGUGAAGGUCCAACUAUGCAAGUGAAAAUUUUUAUCGACAAGAUAGUUUUUAAUUCACAGAUUAUGGCUCUUGUGGUUAAUAAGAUUGAUCCACCAACUAUCUACAGUGCAAACAAAGUUGCACAUGUUACCGUCGGUACAAUACAUAAAAGUAUAAAACCUGUCCAAUCAGGUAAAAUAUGUGAAUCAGCAUUGUUUGGUAUACAUGAAGAAUCUGAUGUUCGGGUAAUUAAUUUGGAGAAAGAAUUAAUAGUAAAGGGAAUUGUCAAAGCAUUUUAA